AUGCUUGGUGCGAAAUCUGUCGAGGAAGUCGUUGGCAUUCUUGAAGAACACAAGAAAGGCUUCAAGGUGUUUCGCGCCCAUGGCGAGAACGCCCGUGCUGUUGUGGCACCGAUCGUCACCCCCACGAAACUGUUCAUCGAUGCUGUUGGCGAGAUAGCUGCAGCUUCGAGUAUCGUGCCCGGCAGCAAGGCAAUUUUUGCGGCAUUCGGUGUCCUUCUAGGGGCAGCUGAGAAGGUGAGCAAACGCCUCGAUGCGCUCGAGGGACUUCUGUCGAGGCUCGGAGGGGUCCUUAGUCGGCUUCGCAAUCACCUGCGAUCACACUCGAAGCUUAGCGUCGAGCUGGAAAACAUCUUCGUUAGCGCGCUCGUCCAGCUGCUUAACGUGCUCGCCAUCUGCACGCAAUACGUCAGAAAGCGGACAUCAUGGCGUAGUGCAAUCUUGAAGCGCAUGAGGGACUACGGCCGAGCCCUCCUUGGGGACAAGAAUGUCAAAGAGGCCCUCGAGAAGCUGGACGACCUCACGAGAGAGGAGAUUUUGGCCAACACGGCUCAGAUGCUUGACAUGGCGCAAGGAAUAGCCGCCCAGGUCGAUGUGGUUGGCGGCGGCGUUGUGGAAAUAAAGGACAAUGUAAAGGCUGUGAGCAAUGAUGUGGCGGAUCUGCGAGUCAUUGCAGUCGAAUCUCAUAAUCUGCGUCUUGACAAGGACAUCCGUGAUUGGCUAGCUCCCCCUGACCCGGGUCGGAAUCACGAAGAACGACGAACUUCGCAUCUGGACGGCACAUGCACAUGGUUCUUCGAUAGCAAGUUUGAGGAAUGGAAGGAUAGUAAGAAUGGUGUGUACUGGAUCUAUGGCAAUCCCAUGGAUAGAUAUCCUGCUCAUCAGCUCAGGCUCCAUGAUGCCGACGCACACACUCGUGACUUGGUCACCUAUGUAUCCCAUGGCCUUGCCAAGGACGACUACUCAAGCUGGCCACUUAACAUCAAGGAGCUUGCUCAGAAAGAACUUGUGUCAAAUGCAAGUGGCAUGUUCCUGUGGGUCAACCUGCAGCUUGAUAUGCUACGCAGCUGUCCUCCUGGAGAUGUUCAAAAGGCUCUAACUGAGCUUCCCAAGACAAUCUAUUAA